UAUGGAGGACCACCCGUUAUGAACAGCUCUACAGACCCUGUUACAACCCUUGGCAUGGCAAUUAUCAAUAUUUGGCUGAUGGGCCAUCAUCAAUUCUGUUGACUUAUCCUACUAGCGCAUAACAUAUAACUACAUUAAUUAAUUAUUGAUCUUUACUAAAAUCGGGGAAGAUGGUUUGUGUUUUGUUGUAGGUAAACGCUCACCUGGCAACCCCCCUGGAGAAAUGCUGCUGCAGUGAAGGCGGGAGGCUCGCGCUGUUUGUUGAGUAGCCUACAGGCAGCAAAGAGCGAAGAGAGCGAGCGAGCGAGCAAGCAAACGUUCAGUAGUCAGAGCUAUCGGCAGCCACAGACACCGGAGGAGCGAGAGAGAGGGUGAGAGCGCAGAAAAGAAGAGUCGAGGCUUCCCACUCAGCGCACUGAUAUCUCAACUCUCCGUGAUUUCGGAAGGGCGUCCAUCAACCCGUCUCAGCAUGCUGAAAAAAAUGAUUGCAAAACUCGUCCUGUUCGGUUUGCUGGUCUGCGGCAGCCAAGCUGUCCUGCAGGUGUCCAUAUCAUUGAACAAGGUCGAGCUUAGUGUUGGAGAGUCCAAAUUCUUCACCUGUACAGUCAUAGGCGAGCCGGUGAGCCUGACCUGGUACAGCCCUCAGGGAGAGCCCAUCGUGUCCACCCAAAGGGUAGUCCUGCACACAGAAGGGGUGCGCUCCAGACUCACCAUCUACAAUGCCAUCGUGGAGGAUGCUGGCAUCUACCGCUGCCAGGCAAAGGAUGCCAAGGGACAGAGCCAGGAGGCCACAGUGGUGCUGGAGAUCUAUCAGAAGCUGACAUUCCGGUCAGUUCAGACACCGCAGGAAUUCCGCCAGAGCGAGGAUGCUGAGGUGGUGUGUGAUGUCAUCAGCUCACCAGUCCCGGCCGUGUCCUGGUUCUACAAGAACAAAGAGAUUUUGUCCGAGCCUAACAACAGGUUCCAAGUGUUGCCCAACAACAACCUUCAGAUCAUGAGAGUGGGCAAGUCGGAUGAGGGGGAGUACCGCUGCGAGGCUCGUGUCGAGGCCAGGGGUGAGAUCGAUUUCAGGAACAUCGCUGUGGUCGUCAACGUCCCUCCGGUCCUGUCUGUACCGCAGCAGUCCUUCAAUGCCACUGCUGAUGCAGAAGAGUCCGUCACCUUCACCUGCAUCACCUCCGGCUCACCUGACCCAGAGGUUACCUGGCACAGGAAAGGUCAGCAGAUAGAGAGCUCAGACCAGCACGUGCUCGGUUCUCUGGAGGGCGGACGCAGCAUGCUGACGGUGCGGAGUGUCGGUAAGGGCGACGGCGGGCCCUACACCUGCCGGGCCACCAACAAAGCCGGGGUCCUGGAGAGCCAGCUGGUCCUCAAAGUCUUUGUCCAGCCUCACAUCACCCAGCUGCGUAAUGUGACAGCAGUGGAGGGCAGUGCCGCGCUCAUCUCCUGCUCAGCGGAGGGGGAGCCGCUGCCGGAGGUCUCCUGGAGACGAGGCAGUGAUGGACAGAGCUUCUCAGACGGAGACAAGAGUGCAGACGGCCGUGUAGAGGCGCGGGGUCGCAAUGGGAAGUCCAUGCUCACCAUCAACGGAGUACGUCUGACAGACUUGGGCCGCUUUGACUGCGAGGCACACAGUCGCAUUGGAGAACACCAGAAAAGCAUGUAUCUGGACAUUGAGUACGCCCCGAAGUUCCAGAACAACCACACCAUCUUCUACUCGUGGGAGGGCAACCCCGUGAACAUCAGCUGUGAGGUGAUGUCCAACCCUCCGGCCACCAUCCUGUGGAGGCGCGAACGCUACACCAUCUCCAGCGAGCCCACCGCCAACACACGCGUGCACAGCGGCCCGGGUCGCUCGCAGCUGGAGGUCACCCCGAUGUCAGAAAGGGAUUUUGGACGCUACAACUGCACGGCACGAAACAACAUUGGCGCUCGCUACCAGGAGUUUAUCUUGGCUCAGGCAGAUGUCCCCUCCAACCCCUACUCUGUCCGCCUCACCGCCGUAGCCCAGCGGAUCGCCACGGUAGCGUUCAUGACGCCCGACUCUCACGGUGGCGUUCCCAUUGGCCACUAUGUGGUCAAUUACAAAGAGUCAUCCAAUCAGCAGUGGAGGUCGGCGAAGUCACAUGGAGUCCAGAGCACCGUGAUGCUUAGUAGCCUGGAGCCCAACACCACCUAUGUGGUCCGCGUGGCAGCAGUGAAUGGCAAGGGGCAGGGGGAGUACAGCCACACAGAGACCUUCCAGACCCUUCCUAUCCGUGAGCCCAGCCCGCCCACGGUGCAUGGCCAGAGGGGGGUGGGGAAGGCCUACCGGCUGGGGCUCAUCAAACAGGAUGACGGAGGAAUGCCCAUCGUGGAGUAUAUCGUCAAAUACAAACCGGAUAAGGACGACCAGUGGAUGACCAAGCUGGUCCCUGGCGUGCAUGAGUUCGCUCUCCUCCAGCCUCUACAGUGGAACACGCGCUACAGCGUGGAGAUCACUGCACGCAACAUCAAAGGCCUGUCUGAGCCCACAUACUUCCAGUUCCUCAUGCCCCAGAAGCCAGACAUCACAGCAGACUCCCUCUUCAGUAGUCUGGGUCUGGGUACAGUGGUGGGCCUCGGUGUGGCGGCCUUGCUGUUGCUGCUGGUGCUGGUAGACGUGAGCUGCUUCUUCCUGCGCCAGUGCGGCCUGCUCAUGUGCCUGACUCGACGCCUCUGCAGCCGCAAGAGCGCCACCAGCGCCAAGGGCAAAGAGCUGGAGGAGGGCAAAGCCGCAUAUCUGGGCGAUGGGUCCAAGGAGCCCAUUGUUGAGAUGAGGACAGAAGAGGAGAGAAUAACAAACGCAGAGGAUGGGAGCCCAGUGAACGAGCCCACUGAGACUACCCCCCUGACUGAGCCAGAGAAACUCCCGCUGAAGGAGGAGAAUGGAAAAGAGGUCCUUAAGCCAGAUACGAUCGAGAUCAAAGUCCGCGGUGAGAACAGCCACCACACAAAUGCUGGCGACAGCAAGGCAUAAUGUGUCCCCCUUUCCCCAAUCCCAUUACGGAGAUUGACCCAGCCCAGCUAACCUGAGACCAAACCCAAGAAAUGAACAGAGGAUGAAGGAGGAGUUAAAAGAAAAACAAAACAUAGCAA